AUGGUAGUAGCAAAAUUCUUUUCAAGUUCCGUCGUCGUCAAUCACGGGCACCGGCAACUCUGCUUUUGUUUCAUCGACGAUUGUGCAGCACUUGAUACCAUAUCUGCAAAUCAAGCUAUCAAAGAUGGCGAAACAAUUGUUUCUGAUGGUGAGACAUAUGAACUUGGAUUUUUCAGCCCCGGAAAAUCCAAGAAUCGAUACUUGGGGGUUUGGUACAAGAAAAUAUCACCCCGCGCUGUCGUAUGGGUUGCCAACAGGGAGACGCCAAUUAACGAUACAUCAGGGAUCUUCAAAGUUAGCAGAGGGGGAAACUUGCAGAUUUUCAGUGGUAGCAACAAGGUGAUCUGGUCAUCCAAUUCGACCGUAUUGGGGAAGAGUAUAAAUCAAGAAGUGGUGGUGCAGCUUCUAGAUACUGGAAAUCUUGUUGUUUUGGAUCACAAUAGCACCAACAAAAAUCUUAUAUGGCAAAGUUUUGACUAUCCUUGUGACACACUGCUACCAGGUAUGAGAUUUGGGAAGAAUUUGGUAACGGGCUUACAGAUUUUCCUAAAAUCUUGGAAGAGCCCUGAUGAUCCUUCUAUAGGUAUGUAUACACAUAGAAUGUUCACAGAUGGAUAUCCGCAGCAUUUCACGUACCAAGGUCAAACUAUAAUAUCGAGAAUGGGACCAUGGAAUGGUCUCGGGUUUAGUGGGCAUCCUACUGACAUACCGAACUCAAUUUACUCAGUUGAGUUUGUUCAUAAUCGUAAAGAAAUUUACAAUAAAUAUGAGCUUAAAAGUUCGGUUCUUAUGAGGAUGGUUAUGACAUGGGAUGGAAAAGCACUAUUUUUAGUUUGGAUUGAGCGAACUCAAGAAUGGCUCGAGUAUGCAGACGUUUCAGUUGAUAGUUGUGGUCAGUUUGCACUUUGUGGUCCUUACGGAAGCUGUAGCAUCAACAAGCGUCCUCCUUGUAGUUGUAUGGAGGGUUUUGAACCGCAAAACCCAAAAGAAUGGGGUGUACAAGAUUGGUCAAGUGGGUGUAAGCCCCAAAAGCCUUUGAAUUGUGGGAAUGGGUUUCGGAAAUUUACAGGAGUUAAAGUACCAGAUACACGAAGAUCAUGGUAUAAUUACAGUAUGACACUUGGAGAAUGUGAGAUGGCAUGCAAAAGGAAUUGUUCGUGCACAGCUUAUGCAAGUUUAGAUGUCAGAAACGGUGGAAAUGGAUGCUUACUAUGGUUUCAUGAGUUGAUUGAUAUCAGAGAGUAUGAUACAAAUCAAAGUCUUUACAUAAGAACGGAUGCUGCCAACUUAGAAGGUCGCGUAAUCAUCGAGCCUGUAUCCAAGGAGAGGAAAAGAAUAAUCAUCAUUAUCCUCUCAAUUUCUUCGGUUGUGUUUUUUCUGUCUGCAGUAGCAUAUGCAUGUAAAAAGAAAAAGAAAUGGCCUCACAUGAGAGGACGAGAUAAGUGGAAACAUGACUUCCAUAUCCGUGAUAAAAGUAUGCGGAAGGAACAGUAUGAUAGUUUACAACAUUUUAGCCUACGUAAAGUGGCCAAUGCCACUGAUAACUUUAGCAACUCUCUUAAGAUUGGAGAAGGGGGCUUUGGUCCAGUUUACAAGGGUGUUUUGGAAGACGGACAAGAAGUGGCUGUGAAGUGUCUCUCAGAAACAUCCCGACAAGGGCUUGAGGAGUUCAAAAAUGAAGUCGUUUGUAUUGCCAAACUUCAGCAUCGGAAUCUUGUGAAGCUUCUUGGAUACUGCAUCCAUAAAAGUGAACUCAUAUUGAUUUAUGAAUACUUGGCUAACAAAAGCCUGGACUAUUUUCUCUUUGAUGAAACUAGAUGUUUUAUGCUUGACUGGCCUAAGCGUUUUCAGAUUAUACAAGGGAUAGCCAGAGGUAUUCUCUAUCUACAUCAAGAUUCCCGCCUUCAAAUUGUUCACAGAGAUCUGAAGGCAGGUAAUAUCUUGCUGGACAGUGACAUGAAUCCAAAAAUAUCAGACUUUGGCCUUGCUAGAACCUUUAUCGGAUGUGAUGCUACUGCUAAGACCAAGAAAGUGGUUGGAACAUAUGGUUAUAUCCCUCCUGAGUAUGCAGUACACGGGCAUUUCUCUGUGAAGUCAGACGUAUUUAGUUUUGGCGUCCUGGUGCUAGAGAUAAUUAGUGGAAGGAAAAACAGAGGAUUCUCUCAUGAAGACCAUAGUGACAACCUUCUUGGACAUGCGUGGAGACUCCAGAAAGAAAAUAAAAGUAUUGAAGUUAUGAGUGCCUCUUUACGCGCCACGUGUAGUGUCCCGGAAGUAGUACGAUCAAUACAUGUAGCACUGUUAUGUGUGCAGAAUAAUGUAGAAGAUAGGCCGACUAUGUUGUCAGUGGUGUUGAUGCUGGCGAGUGAGAGUGUCUUGCCUCAGCCUAAAGAACCUGCAUUUUACACUGGAGAGAUAUGCAAGGAAAUUCAGCCUCCUUUGUUAUCUAAACAAUACAUGAUAACGAAUGUCUAUGCUCGGUAGCAAGCACAUGUUUUAAGCCUGACAUUUAUUCAAAUACACGAGUUUCCUAUUUUUUUCUCACAGUAGAUAUUGAAUAUAUAUAAUUUAAAGGAUGUUAAUGUUGAUAA